AUGACACAUUCUGAUGAUGGAAAGCUGUCAUUUGAAGAGUUUAAAAACUAUUUUGCUGAUGGAAUCCUAAGUUCUGAGGAGCUGUGGGAGUUAUUCAGUGGAAUUGACAGGCGUCACUCAGACAAUUUAGAAACGGAGAAGUUGUGUGAUUAUUUCUCAACAUACCUUGGAGAAUACAGGAAUGUACUUUCUGCUUUGGAAACACUGAACAUAGCUGUCCUCGCUGCUAUGGAUAAAACCAAGCUGGAGUAUGAAAGGUCCUCAAAGAUGGAGCAGUUUGUGAGCCGCUUCCUGCUGCGGGAGACCAUGAACCAACUACAGUCCCUACAAACCUCACUGGAGUGUGCUUCGGACUCUAUUGAAGAGCAGGCUGGGAGAGAGAGGAAAGAUUUGAAGAAAUCGGAAACCUCAGUUGGCUUGAGAUCCACAAGAAGAUGUAGGCGCAGAACUCACAAGAAUGUCUGCCUGUCUCCAACAGAUCCCUAUUCUGGGAUGCUGACUACAGGUGUUUGUGUAGAAGCUGACAGCCAAUGGAUGGCUCAGAUUAACAGGCUACAGCAGCUCAUCAACAAAUUGGAAUGCAAGAGCCCAAGACUGGAGCCUGUAAAGGAACAAGUUGCUUGCAAAGGGAGAGAUGCUCAGCACAUCCUGGUGUCUCAGAGACAAAUCUCAGUGACAAAGAAUGGCUUAGAUGAAUUCCACCAGGCACUCAAAUCGUACACAGAGUUCACAGCUGGACAGAGCAGCUGCUUACACAUGUCCACCCACAAGCUGACAAGUGAGGCCUCCUUCAUCUUCUAUGAAUUCUGGCAAGAUGUGACUUCAUGGAGAAGCCACCUGCAGUCCAAUUACAGCAAGACUUUCCAGCGGGCCAUCAUUGACUUGCUGGAGUCUCCAGAGCUCAUGACUACCAUGCUCUUCCCAGCUUCCUGGUGGAUCAUGAACAAUAACUGGUCCUCUGCUGAUGUCCCUGGAACUGUAGAAUAAGGAGUCUUCAUCACAGACACCCUGGCUCCCUCUUCCCCAGAAUGUCUUUAGUCUCCCCUUUCGCCAUCUGCUGUACAGUGCUGUAUGCUCCACCUGGCUGCAGUGUGAUGGUUGGCAGCUCAGCCUGGCAUUUCCUGGCUACUCUGGGCUUUCAUUUCUCUAUCCUUACAGUGUGAUUUUUCCAGAUGAUGUCAUCGCCAGCAAAUCAGUCUUUCCCAGUGUGAAACCCAACCUCCAAAUGUACAGUCAUCGAGGAAGGCAAUCCAUGGCCACAUAAUUGGAUAAAGCACCAGUGACAAAGAUACUUGACAUAAAGCUGCCUUUAGAACCAGUGCAGGGUGAUGAUUUGCAGGGGGGAAGAAUGCCAGUAGGUCUGAAUAGGUGGGAGUAGGCAUGCUACAGAGAUAGCAGGCUGAACCUGACCUGGUGUGGAAAAGAGAAGGCCAAGAGGGAGAGCUAUGCAUUGUCCUCAAAGAGCCCUUUGGUGGUGAAUUCAUGGCAAGGCCACAAGGGAUGCUGGGUAAAGCCAUGUCCAGCUCUUCCUUGCCAGGAAAGCAAGAUGGGUCCUUUGAGGAUGGAGGUGGAAUGUGAAAUGGAGUGAUUCUUUGCUCUGAAAGAGGCUAGCAGAUUGAUGGAGUGCUCAAACCACUGUUGAUGAGUGUGAGAUGGAAACAUCCAAAUCCCUGUAAAUGGCCCCAAACUAUGUCUAAAUGAGCUUAGCAAGGACACUGCUUAGCUUUUGCAGUUCCCUACUUACUGAUGACAAUAUAUUAGGCAAAGUGAGAAUGAGAAGGCAGUGCACCCACAUCCAGAAAGUGUA